UUCAGCCCAAGACUUACCAAGACGAGACUUGUUCGUUUUCCCCUGGUGUCGCUACCGGUUCCGGGUUCUGCUCAGUUCCUGUGCCUGCUGUGUCGCUGAGUCUGGGUCUCUGCUGCAUAAAACGUCUAUUGGCUCUGAAGAGAUGUCAACUGUCAGUUCGGACCACGUCCAGACCACAGAGCAGGACCGGGUCGGAUCGGAGCAGAAGGAAGACGGGACCCUGCACCCACAGACCGUGUUUGUCAUUCUGGACUCGGCUGAAACGCUCACCCUGCUCCAGAUGGAGUCUGGUAUAGUACCUGACAUUGAGGUCGACAGUUUGCUUCCUUCAGAGUGUGACACCUUCUACCAGAUCAAGAGCCAACCAAUCAGCAGCAGCACGUCGUCAGCAGCCUCCUCCUCCUCCUUUGGUUCCUUGGUGCCGUCAGUCAUGUCGUCCAGGGUGUUGCUGCGCCAGGGUCUGAUGCGACAGCAGGCUCUACAGGAGGAGCAGAAAGAGGCGCAGCAGCAGCUCCUGCACUGCACUGCGUCUUCCACCCCCAUCUCUGUGUCGUCUUCCUGCAAACCCCCGGCUCAGGUCCCUGUGGAGGUGCUCAAGGUGCAAACUCAUCUGGAAAACCCCACCAGGUAUCACAUUCAGCAGGCUCAGAGGCAGCAGGUGCGUCAAUACCUGUCCACCACUACCAAGACAACCAAUCAGGAGCCGGCUGGACCAGCACCAAGUCACUCCCCCCAGGUGGGCUCCAGCCCUGGACAACCUAAGGACGACGGACAGGAAGUAAAUAUUGAAGAGAUGCUCAUCAAUGACCUCAUCAGCCUGGAGUCGAGCCUCAAUGACAGCUUUGUGGAGCUAAGCGACUCGGGACUGCAGCUGUCCUCCACGCUGCCAGUCUCAGGGACCAUGCUGGAUGUGCACGGCAGCAGUGGGGAAACAUCCAUGGUCAGCGUGAGCAGCAGCUGCCCAGCUGAACUGCAGGACAUCAAGAGGGAGCUGUGUGAUGGGGAGGCUAAAGCUCUUAACAAAGAACGUCAGAAGAAAGACAACCACAACCUGAUUGAGAGGAGAAGGAGGUUCAACAUCAACGACCGGAUCAAAGAACUUGGAGCACUCGUUCCCAAAACCACUGAGCCGGAGAUGAAGUGGAACAAAGGAACCAUCCUGAAGGCGUCGGUGGAUUACAUCCGUAAACUGCAGAAGGAGCAACACAGAACCCGAGAGAUGGAGGAGAGACAGCGGAGGCUGGAAGACGCCAACCGCUGCCUGCAGCUGCGCAUACAGGAGCUGGAGCUUCAGGCUCGACUCCAUGGACUCUCCUCCCCCGCCUCCUCUUCUUUAGACCCUCAGACCCUGCUCUCCCCUACCCUGCCUCAGGUCUCCUCCUCCUUAGUGACGCCCUCUCGGGGUCUGGACACCCUGAGCUUUGGAGAACUGGAAGAGCCCCGAGGAGCGCCCACCGUCUUCUCCCCAGACCUGAUGUCUGAUGUGGAACUGACGGAGCUCCACAGCCUAGGACACAUCCUGAUGGAGGAGGGGAGUGGAGGCAACCCCCUGCUGUCCUGUGGAGCUUCAAAGACCCGCAGCAGGCGAAGCAGCUUCUGCAUGGACGAGGACAUCUGAUGGUAACAUUACCAUGAUGGAGCCCGGCUGAUUAGAACUAUUAGAACUAGGCUGCUCUGACUGGACGUUUUUUAAUAGAAAUAUUUUUUAAUAAGUGACAUCAUCAGUGACAUAAGUGAUGUCAUGCUUCACCAGUAAUCAUGGUAUCUACUGCUGGUAGAUGGUCGGUGUAUUCAUGGUAACCAGUAUUUGCUAUUCCAGGAUGUAACGACGUAAGUCUGGGGCCACAUCUACAUUCACACACAAGAUUGGCUGAUCUGAGCUUCAGCUGUUUCUGAUUAUUAAUCACAAUCAUAUGCAAUUGGUUGAAUCAUUGCUACUGACUUGUCAGAGGCUUCAGCUCUAGAGGAGCAGCUGAGACAACAACAAGAGAACACAUUUAUACUCAUCAUAGUGAUGUAAUACAUUUACUGAGUGAAAUGUGAUACAAUCAACAACUCUGGUUGUACAGUAAAUUCCUCAAAUCUGCUCUGGGAUCAGCCAAAGCUCUGACUAGUGUUAAUGUUACCUUUAAUUAAACACAUUUAACAUCUAAAAAUAAAGUGACUUCAGCAACUAAAUGAACAAAACAAGCUUUUAAAUGAAACACCUUCAUGUUCAAUUGUGUAUUUAUUAAUUGUACAUGGACACACAACAGAGCUCCAGAGGAAACGGAAAUGAAAGGGAAGCAUUAACUCACUGUUAUCUUGGUUUGCCUGUUACAUAAAGGACUGAUGCACUUUUUUCUUUGUUUAAAACAGUUUAGUGAUGUUUUGCCUGUCGUUUUUUUCUUGUUCUGACGUCAAAUCCACUGGUGUGUUUGUACAGUACAGCUGAUUGUCACAACAACCAGAGACUCCUGCUGGCAAUAUAUUCAUCUCUACAGACACAGCAGGAACCAAGGCCUAAAGCAUGUGUAGGCCAUGUUAGGGAUGCAGAUACCGUAUCAACUGUUGUCUGUAAUCAUAAUCUGUGUAUUUUUAUAGACUCUUAUGGUUCUGAUUUUCUACAGAGAUAAAGCUAUGAAAGAAGUUUGAGUUUG